AUGAUACUUUGGGCAUUUGACCACCAGGAUAUCAAGAGGCUCCUCCGGUUUCGCUUAUAUGAAAACGAUGAGCUACCUCGCCACGUACUACAGAACCGCAAUGCAGACGUUGUUUCAGGAUUCCUUGCAUCCUUACUUCCAGCAGAACAAGGGAUGUUUCCCUUAGAACUGUCUCACCAUGACAAGGUGGAAGAAAUACUGGAACUAUGCCAGCUCAGGACCGUUCCCGUGGAGCCCUGGAGGUGGCAUCCAAAUUAUUCGUAUAAUGUCGAGCCAAUGACUAUUGCUUCUUAUAUUGAUGUUGAAAGCUCACGACAAUUCCAAGCUGUGCCCUUCGAGGACUGGAUCCGGUAUGCCUUGGGAUAUCCUACUGAGUCGAUUCAAUGGUUUUUCUCCCAACACAAACAGCUGCAUGACAUAGUCUCGGCUCAUUUGGACUUAUUCCCUGGAGAGUUUGAUACCUAUGUUGAGGUUGAAAGGCACCUCCGAGGCGGUUCCCCAUUUGCACAAUAUGUCUUGUUGCAGUGUCUCAGUGUUAGAGGCUUAUUAAAUAGCGAAGUACCUGAUCAAUCAAACCAAUGGGUUGUGGGAUAUAUCAUCCGCCCUAUCCAGGAAUUGUUUAGAGCCCACCUGACCGGUUUGCCCUCUAUGCUGAAAAAGCUCUCGGUCCUCGCUCUCAGUUUUGAACGCAAAUACCGGACUUCGGCGGAAAUAGAUUGGAGUGCCCCUUUUGACGCAAAUCCUGCAUACUUGAAUGACUUCUUUGCCUUUCGAGAGGUCGAGCCUCUAGCAAGAAAGCUUACACAUAUUGAUGCAAAAGAAUUUUCCUCUCUUUCAGUGCAAAGCUUCGUUGAGGAUACCGCUGCACUACGAUCGCUAUCUGGUAGAUGGCACUUACUCUGCUCCUCUACUGAGGAAUGCUGCCGCGCACUUCCCGAAAUGGCUACGUUCUUCAAAAGUUGCAUCUGCGCUCUACAUCAGUUAAGAAACUAUUACUCCGCUACAGCUAUGCUCUAUGGUCUUCAGAAAGCAAAUAUGAAUGUUUUUGACCUAUUUUUGGAACUGAAUGAUGAUUCCCAACAACCUCCCCAGAGCUAUUGCUUUAAACUAAUGGACUCAGCUGGCAACUACAACUUUUACAGGGAAACAAUGCGAGCACGACCAGGAAUCCCAUUCUUGCUCCCGCAUAUUGUGGAAUACCAAUCACAUGGAGAAGAUGCAAUUAUUGCGAUGUUCCCUCUUUGCGUUCAUUGA